UGAAACCAAUCAAAGUAUCAAACAGAGAGGGAAAAAAAUCCAUGUGAUGGCAUAUCCCUGCGAAUAGCGGUGGAAUCCGAGGGACAUUCACGAGAAUCAGUCAACAAAAACCAGUAUUUAGUUGCACAUUUUCAGUCUCACACGCCGCACAGACACAGUGCCUUCCCUUCCCCUCGGCCCCCACUUGCUUUGUCCUUGUCCUGGCAAAAACUGACCCGUCAUUGAAAGAGAGAGAGGGGGGGAGAGAACGUCUCAGGGGCACUAAAUGCAAUGCCAGUGUCUUGUACGGACCUCUUCAACUAACUCCAUUAUGGUAAACUUUUCUUUGAAUUCCACACGCAUUCACUGAAGAACUGAGAACAGUAGUACUAGCGCUAUAAAGUUUCUAUUCUAUUCCUCUUCCCAAGGUUGGUCUCCUGCCUCCUUUACAUUUGUCUCCAAGCUUUCCUUCGUGGGUCUAUCUGUAUUUUCCUAGAAACUGUCUGGAACUAAUUUGAGACAUUCUUUGGGUCACGAACUUUGCUUCUCCUUCUUUUUCUCAUGCUCCCUUGUUUUUCUACCUGGGUUUUUGAGCAACUUGUACGAGCAUUCAAGGAUUUUCCGUGAAAGCGCGCCCCGUUGAGUUUCCCAAUAGGUUUUUCUUUCCUUCGCUGUCAUUAUCUUGGAUUUCAGCUUCGACUUCUGGCUUUCUCGAACUUGGUUAAGCAGAGCCUCUAGGCGCAUUUGAGGUUUAUAUUUCAUGAAUUUUCUUCCUGGGCUGGUCCGAGUUCACUUGGAAGUACGUUUUGUUCCACGCGAAUUUUCUGAAGGAGCUCUUUUUCGUUGUUCUGCUUAAGAAUCUUUGAUGGGUCUGUUAAGGUUUUUCUUAAACUUGAUAGUGCAGCUUAAUUUUUAGGGUUUCUGUCACCUUUUGUGUUUCUAGUGUCUAGUGCUUCAAAUUUGUACAAUGGGAUAUUUGUGCUUCUUGUUACUAGUGGUUCUUCCUUGGGUUUUGUUCAUUCCAAGCACUUAUGGGUUACCAACUUCUCAGACACAAGUCUUACUGCAGCUAAGAAAGCAAUUGGAGUACCCAUCUUCAUUGCAAAUUUGGGAAUAUUACGGUGGCGAUUUCUGUAGCCUCUCUUCAUCUGCACAUAUGAGCAUCUCAUGCCAGGGCAAUCUUUUAACUGAGCUCAAAAUUAUGGGAGAUAAGCGUGUCAAGGUCAGUGAGUUCAAUGGAUUUGCAAUUCCCAAUAAGACUCUAUCUGGAAGUUUCUCUAUUGAUUCCUUCGUUACCACAUUGACAAGGCUACCCAGCUUAAGGGUUCUUAGCUUAGUGUCUUUGGGGAUCUGGGGACCACUUCCUGAUAAGAUUCAUAGGUUAUCUUCACUUGAACUUCUGGACUUGAGCUCAAACUUUUUGUAUGGUUCGAUUCCAUCUGAAGUAUCAAGAUUAGUUAAGCUUCAUACUUUAGCACUGGAUAGCAAUUAUUUCAAUGAUACUAUCCCUGGUUGGUUGAACUCAUUUUCGAAUCUCACCAUUUUGAGUUUGAAGAGUAAUGAAUUGAAGGGUCAGAUUCCUUUAUCAGUAUGCAAAAUCCAGACACUCACUGAUCUUGCCCUGUCCCACAAUGAGCUUUCUGGCAAAUUACCUGAUUUGAGUGCUUUAACCAGUCUACAUUUAUUGGAUUUAAUAGAAAAUCAUUUGAAUUCUGAACUACCAGUCAUGCCCGAAGGGUUGGUUACAGCACUACUGAGCAAGAACUCGUUCUCAGGCAAGAUUCCUGAGCAAUUUGGUGAAUUGGGCCAGCUUCAACACCUUGAUAUAUCAUCCAACGAUCUGAGUGGAACUCCUCCCUCUGCAUUGUUCUCUUUACCAAACAUCAGUUAUUUGAAUCUAGCAUCCAAUAAGCUCGGCGGGUCACUUCCAAAUGAGUUAAGUUGUGGUGACAAACUUGGGUUUGUUGAUUUAUCUGAUAACAAGUUGAUAGGUGGACUUCCUUCUUGCUUGAACAGUACUUCAGACGAGAGAGCUGUUAAAUUUAACGGAAAUUGUUUGUCCAUUGAUUCCCAACAUCAGCAUCCAGGAUCAUAUUGCAAAAAAGCCAUUAUGAGGGGUAAACAGUCCAGAGGAAGAGAUAUAGCGGUAAUAGUUGCUCUCGUUACCGGAGCUGUUCUUCUUGGGGUGAUUUUGGCAUUUGGGGCUCUAUUCUUGUUUAGAAAAUACCGUUCAAGAAGAACACACGAGCAGCAUAUAUUGCCAAAGAUUGCGCAAGAUAAUGCAUCAACUGGGGUUUCCUCUGAAUUCCUUGCAAAUGCCAGGUUCAUUUCUCAAGCAGCAAAGCUAGGGACACAAGGUGCCCAAGUGUGUAGAUUGUUUUCUUUUGAAGAGUUGAAGGAAGUGACAAACGACUUUGAUUCAUCUACGUUUCUUGGUGAAGGCUCUAUGGGGAAGCUUUACAGAGGGCGAUUGGAGAAUGGGACCUAUGUCGCCGUACGAUCUUUAUCUUUAGUAAAGAAAUUUUCAAUUCAAAACCUUAAAGUUCGGCUUGAUCUGCUCCCAAAGCUUCACCAUCCACAUUUAGUUGGCCUCUUGGGUCAUUGCAUUGAUGGUAGUGGAAAAGAUGAUUCCAGUGGCAACAAAGUUUUUCUUAUAUAUGAAUAUGUUCCUAAUGGGAAUUACCAUACCCAUCUGUCAGAAAAUUCUCCAGAGAAGGUUCUUAAAUGGUCAGAGAGGCUGAGAAUUUUAAUUGGAGUUGCCAAGGCUGUGCAUUUUUUACAUACUGGUGUAAUUCCUGGUUGUUUCAAUAACCGACUAAAAACGAACAAUAUAUUGCUUGAUGAGCAUCAAGUUGCAAAGCUCAGUGACUAUGGGAUGUCAAUCAUCGCAGGAGACAUUGAAAAAUCUGAGGAAAAGGAAGAAGACCCGAAAUCAUGCCAUCGAACAAACUCAGAGGAUGAUGUUUACAACUUUGGAUUUAUAUUGCUUGAAUCACUGGUUGGGCCUAUAGUGACUGGAAAAGGAGAAACAUUUCUCCUAAAUGAAAUGGCAUCCUUUGGCAGUCAGGAUGGUCGAAGACGGAUUGUAGAUCCAAUUGUGUUGACCACUUGCUCACAAGAGUCGUUAUCGAUUGUGAUAGCCAUCACAAGCAAAUGCAUAUCCCCCGAACCAUCGUCUCGUCCCUCUUUCGAAGACGUCCUUUGGAACUUACAAUAUGCAGCUCAAGUCCAGGCCACUGCUGAUGCUGAUCAGAAAUCAGAUUCUACGUCGUUAUAAGUUUAGAGGUAGUGCAACAGUAUAGAAGCCUCCUGAAAUUUGUAAUGCACCAGGUACGCCUGCAUUUGGGCUGCCUUUCCCCAUUGCAAUGUGAAAUGUAAAGUUGUAAAUGUCAUUUUCUUUUGCUUGACCUUAUACUGCUGAAUUUUGGUAGAAAAGAAGUUGUUUGGUUA